AUGAGAAGGGCGGUGAGGCUGAAUGCUUUUGCCUUCAGGCAGUUCGACGACCCGGCCUUUUCGGGCACCAAGCUGAUGGGCUUCGACAAGCAGGCAUUUGAAGAUCACAUUAACCAACUCUUCAACAUGGGCAGUGCCACCCUGGUGGAUGGCUACGCUCCAUUUUGCAAACAUCUCUUCGUGCCCAACUUCACGGGAGCCAAAGUGGGUGCCGUCACCAUCACCGACUCGAACAAGCACCUCCUCCGGUCGGGCUACGUGGCACGGCGAGCGUCAGAACUGCCCGUGCUGACUCGGUGGUUCGAGGCCAAGGACGUGGAGGUGCCCACGGCCAAGUAUCUCGACAUUAUCCUCUACUCACGAGCGCAGAUCGAGGAAGAGGACGCGGCGCUGCCCUCCGACCAGAAGGAGGCGGCCAAGGACUACGAAUGGGGCAUCGUCUCCGUAAAAGCCCAGGAUGAAGAUUACGAGACGCCGAUGACCCCCAUCACGGCCAUGCGCAACUCGCUGGGGCGGGAGGAAGGCGGCAGCGGGGCGCCGCUGGAUCGCGAGGCCUACCUCAAAGCCGUCGCCUACUGGGACACCCACGCCGCUGUGCAGUAG